UGUAAUUCUACUUGCUGACAAAAUUCUGACGCUCACUCUCCAAAGAAAAAUUAGAAAAUCAAUAUACAUCGAUGCUUGGGAUAAGGAGAUCAUGGUAAUAAACAUGAAGGAAGUGUUUGACAAUGCAGGCGAAAGGCUAGUGCGGGUUGAGCAGUGCUUCGCGCAAAGUAAAACAAAUGACGUCGUCUGGGAUGCUGGGUUGGUGCUCUGUUAUAUGCUGGUGAAGAGCCCCGAACUGGUCCGGGGAAAGACCGUACUCGAGUUGGGUGCUGGUACUGGUGUCGUCGGCUUGACUGCAUGGGCAUUGGGCGCAAAACGUGUUGUUUUGACGGACUUGGAGGAAGCACUACCGCAUUUGCACAAGAACGUUUCGCUGAACCUCCUUGACCUUAAUAACGAGGUGGACCGCAGAUCAGAAUCAGUGUUGUCAGAUACGCACGGCGCUACAGAGGACAUUGAUCUAUCUCUGCCGACGCCCGCACGGAAAAGAAAAGAGCCGCCAUCUUCAGUAGGGUCAUCGUACUCGCCAACAUCCCCAUUAAGCUCGAACAAGGCCUCCAUCAUUUCCGUCGAACGUUUGUGCUGGGGAAACGAUGCCGACCUCCUGCGAGUGUCCGAGCUAUUUGAGGGUCGUGGUGGACCGGAUGUGAUCUUGAUGAGCGACUGUCUGUACCAACUUCCGGAUUGUGUGCCACUGGUCCAGACAUUGCUACAUCUCACAUCUCUUCAAUUUUCUUUUCAACACGAGGAACAGGGACGCACCAGUGGUAAUAAAAUUAAAGUCGCAGCAGAAGAAGCGGGCAGUGUGAGAGUGGGAGUGGAUGAAGAACUUACUCAAUUGAAGCAGGAAUCGGAAGAUGAUGCUGACGGCGGGAAUGAAUCAGGCACGAAAAUCUACUGCUCACACGAAGUUCGUACCGAAGCGUCCAACGUAGGUGUAGAAACGAAGUUUUUUCAUUGCUUGGAUCAAACAAAUGAUGAAAUUGGAAAACUGACAUCGCACGGUGAGAUGAACAAGAACGCCACUAAGAGCUCCUGUUUCGAGCGACGAAGGGUUCCGUUUAAUAUGCUCCAUGAAGAUUUUUCUUCCGAUGACAUCCCUACGUGGGUUAUCACUCGAAAGAGGAAAGAGACAUGACACCUGAUGUUGCACCAAUCGCCUCGUGCUGGAGCUUUGCGAGACCGUGCGGCUCUUUUGGUAGCGAAAUAUGAUGGUCGUGAACAGGAUAAAAGUACUAGGAGCCGUGCGCAGAUGGUAACAGCCGAC